AUGGUCCUUAACAACCUUUUGCAAGGUACACCUCGUUUUCAAUCAGAGGACAGCUUGAAGAUGAUGUUAAUUCACGCUGCCGACACUGGACUCCGUGAGGCCUACAAUAAAGAGGUUGACGAUCAUUCGGGUAACCCUCUACAUGGCAUUCAUGCAAAAGACUUCCACACCUUUACCCGUGCAUUCCAAGUUCUUGACCAUGGUCGUCACCGCCAACUGCUCAUUGCUCGCCAAAUGGCUGAACACAUGAUUCGGUCCCGUCCCAACUCUCGCGCUACGACUCCUCUGGCACCGUCUACUGCUGCGAACACUCAAAGUCGUCGUACCGCGAAUACUGGUGGUGGCCAGAACGGUCGUUUGCCCCCGCUUACGACUAAUGAAAGGCGACUACUCAGUGAAAACGACGGCUGCUUCAAAUGCAGAUCCUUUUUUGUCAAAUGCCACACCUCUAGCUCUGAACAUGAAUUUCCUUUGCCUAACGGUAAUGGCUACAAGGAACUCACUACUACCGAUGUCGAUGCCGCUCGCAAGUUGCGAGGCACCGUUGAAACAAACAAGAAACCGCGAACGGGCCCUAUUGCUGCUAUUGGGGUAUCUGAUGCGGAGGACGACGGCGUCGUCGCUUCCAUCAUGCCAAGCGCAGUUUUGGGUGACGGCACUGACUCCGAGGAGGAGUCUGUCGCCUGGGACUACCACGUCGCAUACUGA